AUGGACGAAAGAAGGGGUGUGUCUCCCUUCUUUGAAGAAAAUCUAUCAACACUCUCCUUCCGUGUAGAUCCCCCAGGGCCAAAUCAAACACAGCAAUCACCAAAGAAUACACGAGAAGGAGAAACAGCAGCAGAAAAAGAAGAAGAAAAUACAAAUAGUGUCGUAGAGACUCCUAAUCUCUAUUUAGAUGAUCACACUAUACAAUACAGUAAGGCGGGAAAAUCCUGUCCUUCCUCAAGGAGUCGACGAAGUGAAGAUAUUUUUGUCGAUUCCACAGAAAAGACUCGAUGUGCGAGGCAACUUCCAUACAGAUUUGUAAUCAAUUGUGUAAUGCUUAUUGUGCUCAUUUCCCUCAUCACACUGUAUAGUACUCCAGAACGUACGGCAAAUCAAGAACAACGUAAGGCGGUUCUUUAUCAUUUUUUGGGUGAAGAUUACAUUGCGAAAGAAAAAGGGGAUAUUGUACUUCAACCAACCGUUUAUUUACACACCCGUGAAGAUGUUUUAAAAGGUAUUAAAGAUUUUGUGAAUACCUAUUAUGCGUUAUCCAAUACUUCUGUAAGUGAGUUAAAAUACUUUUACUAUGCCAAUGGUGAUAAGAAAGGAGAAUCUUUAUUAAAACAGGUAUUAAUGGAUGAACCUCCACAUCGUCUACGUGCGGUGUAUGCAAUGUUGCAUGGAUCUACAAGGAAUGAUGAUGAGUUUGGAGAAGAAUUGAAUACAGAUUGGGUAAAGCCUGUUGAGAUGAAUAUGGAAGUUUUUCUCUUUUCUCAACAUGAACACCGUGGUCCAGCAUCUGUACAUCACUUUACGUACGAGUUAACAGAUAAAGAUCCACUUGGUCCAUUUACCAAUGAUAGUAUUGAUGAUUAUGAUGAUAAUGAAGAUAAUAAUAAUAAUAAUAAUAAUAAUAAUAAUAAUAAUAAUAAUAAUAAUAAUAAUAAUAAUAUGGCUACUCGUUCUAAAAGUAAGAAGGAACGAAAAUUGAUUCCUUCCGUGAACGAUGACACGUAUUUAAAAGUUUUGUGCGCCCCACGAUAUGAUGACAUCACGGGUCGCUAUUAUAAUCCUUGUCGUGCUUCUUUUAAAGAAGAUGAUUCAUCAACAGAUGUUUCUUCAUAUAAAAAUAGUAUGAACCGUGAAGAAACGAAUGAUAAUGGUUUUUUAUUUCCCUUAUUGGACAAUACACGAAGUAUUCGAUUAUCUGCAUCUAUGCGGCAUAUGGUGGAUGCAACGGAAUAUCGACAAGAUCACAAUACUGGAUUUUCCAUUGUUGUCUAUCACUGGACUGUUGAGGAAACUUUUUCAUUUCAUCCUGGUGGUCUUGUAGAGGCAACCUUUGAAGUUUUUGUGAAUGCGAGAUAUAUUGGUCCACGUUGGCAUUUACGUUUUAUCUUUACAGGUAUUCUCAUUCUACUCGCCAUGAUAGAUAUUACACUUCGUUGGAGAGCAUUAAUGCGUAUUGCGGCAUAUAGACGGACCGUAUUAAUAACUCAACGGGGAUCUCAAGAAGAAUCUCCGCAAUGUGUAAACUCCUGCAGAGAUAUUAAACACAUUAAUUCUCCUUCAAAAAGAAAGAUUACUUGUGGAGUUUCGGAAUAUCCAGAUGAUAUGAGAAGAGCACCGGAUGUAAGUGUGGAGUUUGAAGCUGAGGGGUGUGUUACUUCUUCUUUACAAACACAAAGUAGUAAUGUCACCAUUACGAGUGAUGUACCUCUUCAAACUCCAAAAAGUUUAUUUCAACAUAUUCGUCAUUAUUUUCCAAAAUCAAAUUCAACAACAAUUGCACAUAAUGCCUGUUCAUUAAUGCCGGAAACAACUUAUACAGAUUUUCAUGAUGCUUGGCGAAAUCAACUUAAAAAUUCAAGAGGAGAAGGUUGGCAUUAUAUUUCAAUUUUUUCAGAUAUUCUUAUUAUUGUAUAUGGAAUAAUGGCAUUUCUUCGUAUGAGGAAUGCUAUGAUAACGGAAUCAUUUGAAAUUUAUGAGAAUAUUAUAUUGGGAUUAGCGGCUAUGUUUCUUUGUGUAAGUUUACAGUCGUAUUUUCGCUUAUUUCCAAAAAUGUAUUUUACUGUGCGAGCGACACGAAAUGUUAUUCCACGAUUACUCUUUUUUGCCUUGACGAUUGCACCUAUAUUCAUUGGUUUUGCGUUUUUCUUCUGGAUUGUGUUUGGUCCCCAUUCUAAUGGUGAAUUUACGGAUAUGAGUUUUUCCCUAAUGGCUCUAUACUUUAUGAUGUACGGUGAUGCUAUUCUUCCUGCAAUUGAGAAUGCGGAGAAGUCUGUUGAUAUUUUUGUGGGUAUAUUAGCCAAUCUCAUGACCGUUAUUUUUAUUCUUAUCUUUAUGAUGACCAUGUUAAAUCUUGCCAUGUCUAUUACGCAACAGGAAUGGGCAUUAUUACGCCGUCGCUUUGGGGCUUGUUUGAGUGUUGGGAAUAUAUUAGUGACUGUCCGUUCACGUGAACAAGUGAAGAAGGAGACGGUGGAAACUAUUAUAGCCAAUUUGGAGCUUCUUCUACACAUUCAACAUGAGGAACAAUUAAGAUUGCGGGCCAUGCAGGAAGGAUCAUCAACGGAAUAUCGUCCACCUGGUGGAGGAGGAAAUGGUGGAAAUGGUGAUGGAAGUAAUAAUCCAAAUAACGGCGGUGAUGAUGUCAAUAAUGAGAAUCAAACUAAUAAUAAUAACAAUAAUAAUAAUAAUAAUAAUAAUAAUAAUAAUAAUAAUAAUAAUACCAAUUAUAGUAAUAAUAGUAGUUAUCGAGUGAGUAGUAUACAAGAUGAUGCGUCCUUUGCGAUGCAGCGACGUGAAGUCUCUGAGAUGUACAGACGUCGUCUGGAUGAACUGACGGAAGGUGUCAUGGACGAUGCCGCAUAG